AAAUGAAAUUAGCACAUCCAAAGCCAAGUGUAAACUCUUUUUCUCCUUCUUUCACUCCAAAAAGAAGGAUCAAAAUCAGGUGAUUCUUGGACAGAAAGAAGAGUCAUGACACCAGAGAGGACCAGAGAGCAAUCUUAGACUUUAAAAGUUCUAGAAACUUUAAAGAAAGUUUUAUGUCUCAGUUAUCAUCCCAAUUUCCUGACAUCAAAUUCAAGAGAACUGAGAGAGCACUUUCCCCAAAAAUACCUAAGAGGAAGAAAAUGAUACUUUACAAGGACAUCCUUCGUAAGAAGGUGAGAUCUCAUGAAGAACCUUGACUAGAUGAGCAACAAAAGAUGGCAGUCUAUCUCCAAAACAUGCAUACGAGCAUCAAGGACAAAGCUCAUAGUAAAGUAAAAGACUGCAUGAAAAGGAACUUAAAAUGCCCAGGAUUCUUACAACGAGUAAGAAGAAGGAUCCAGCUCAACUCACCUUCAAGGAACUUGACCGGGAUUCCUACUACAAUCACUUCAACUUAUCUCCGAAAUCUUAAGCCAAAGUGUUCAAAAAGGUCUAAAAUGCAGUGACUUGACCCACAAUGCUAAUUAACUUCUUUAUUAAUACCAAAAUUUCUC